AUGAUUCAAGUCAAGCACAAGUGCGGUUGCAGAUGGCAGACCUGCCAGCCGAACGGUGACACGGUGUACGGUGGAGGUAUCAAGGUUCAAACUCAAAGGGACCCUAGGGAUGAAGAGCGUCCUCGAGCACACACGAACACAGCUAAGCGCUCAUCAGUCAUCACCCUCAAACUCAGCAAACCUUCCUGCCCCUUGAUACUGUUCCUGACGCCCUCACGCAGAUUUGGAUCGGUCGAUGAAGCUUUGAAGCGCAGUCGAUAUUACCCCAUCUCACGUGGUCUUCCCCUUGACUCCUUUUCACGCGUAUCUCAGCUCUCCACCUACUCACUUAUUACUCCUCCUACUUACUGCAUCAUGCCCUCAACCCUGUCACUUCCUGAGCUCAAACACCUUCAGCUUCAUGAUUUCGCCCAUCCUGAAAAGGAGACUUCUACACAACAUCAGGAGUAUGUGAGAUGGCGAUCAGGGUCCAGGCCUGCGUGGGCGGACGAUACAGUGGAGUCUAUGUUGCGCUUUAUCAAGGAGCACGCGCACUUUAGUAUCGGCGGCGCACCUGGAUCUGGCAAGUCUACCAUGUUUGCAGAAAUUUGCGCGUACGCCAUGCCCGGUACGGCGGUCCUUUUGGUCUGUCUGACCAAAGUCGGCGCGAGGAUGAUGUGGCAGUACAUCAGCUUCGAUAUUGGCGUGCCGAGCAAGAAAGCGGUCAAAGCUACCAAGUCGGAGCCGGAUGGACGGGAGAAGAAGGAGCCGCCAGAGGUGGUUGCUCUUCGCAUCAGCGAGAAGAGCGAGCACAUCGAGGAGGGGACUCGCAUCGGGACCAUGACCGAGGGGAUGGUCUUUCGGGAGUUCCUCCACGAUCCCGAUCUCAGCCAAUUUGGCCUCGUCCUCUUCGAUGAUUGCCAUGAGGAGACGGGGUUGAUGGAUGUUCUGAUUGGCCAUGCAAAGCAGCUCAUGUCGAGCGGCAACUCGACCCGCUUUGGCUUGAUCUCCGGUCCGACCGAGCUCAGCCCCUAUCACCACUUCCUCUCCCUCCCGCCCGACGCGCACUACGUCCUCGCCUCCCUCCCCUUUCCGCGCGAGCGCGUCCUCUCCGCCAUGCUGUACGGUCUCGAAAACACGGACAUCAUCGUCAUUGCCGCGGCUGUCUCCAGGCAGGAGAAGGAGAAGGCGAUCCGCAAGCGAGGCGGGCACAAGCGGCGGCGUAUCGUCAUCACCACCAACGUAUUCGCCAACACCAUUACCCCGGCCGGCUUUACGCUCGUGAUCGGCAUAUUCCAGCGCAAGAUCAAAGUCUUCGAUCCCGCAUCACCGUCGCCGCCUCACUCGACGAGGCCAACUCCACCGCGGGUAGGAUCGGCCGGACCCAGCCCGGCAUCGCUCUUCGUGCUGCGACCGAGGCGGACCGAGGCGGACUUCGUCGCGAAUACGGUCCGGUCGCACCCGCCCAAGGUGACCCGGGAAGAGUACACGGCGAACCUGCUGUACCAGCUGGCUCUGGAGGCGGAGGAUCAUGGGCGGGAGUUCGAGCUUCCACAUCAACCCACUCCUGCUCUCAAGCUUCGAGCUGUCACUACGCUCAAGCAUCUCGGCGCCCUCACCCCCUCCAGCGGCCUCUCGUCCAUGACCAUCACCAAGACCGGCAAGCAGAUGGCGCGAUUGUCGUGCAGCCCCGAAUACGCUCGCUCGCUUGUAGCAGCCAGCGACAGGGGAUGCUUGGCGGAGAAGAUCCUCCUUGUCGCAGCAAAUUGUGCCUCCCAAGCUAUCUUCCUCACCGACAGGGAGCUUUCCGCGUCAAAACUACCCCCUCGGAUCCGAAAGGAUAUCGUGGCCGCGCGCCGUAAGAUGAAGAUGCGCGAAGGGGACCACUUUGUCCUCUACAACGCUCUUCGGCUGCGUUGGCAAUGCUUGGGCAAGAACGACCGGAAUGAAGAGCCGGCAGACCCGGCUGCGGCUUCGGAAGCGAAGGCGAAGAAACCUAUCAAGCCGACCACCAAGUUUGCAACGGAGCAUGGUCUGCGCGAGGAGGCGCUGUACGAGGCGGUUGAUCUUGCCAAGACACUCCGGAGCCAAGCUGGGAUGAAGGGGAUGCUCUGCAGCGGCCUCGGUAAACACCACAUGUCCCCGUACAUCUACUUCAACCGGGAUCCCGUUCUGUACCUGAACGAUAUGCGCAAGAGCCUGCUCGAGGGGCAUCCGCAUCGAGUCGCUUAUCGGGUCCCGAAUAGCCCGACCAAGGAGUUUCAUCGUAUGAUCGAUGAUCGUCUGGUCAAGGGCGUCCAUCUGGAAGGACGGCCAGCUGAGCGGUCCAUCUUAUACGACUCCAGCCACUCCUACGUUCUCUUCUCGACCGCUAGCAAGUCCGAUAAUGCGGAUACGGUCACCAUCAACAACCUAACGUAUCUGGACCGAGAAUGGAUCGAGGGAGCUUGA